AUGCCUUACAACACCCGUCGCAAGUCACUGUCGCUGCCGUCGCUCGGCAUCCACGUGCCUAAUGCCUCGCGCACUCACCGCCCAACUCCCAAGGCUACACCAACCAGCGAGUCCACGCCGACGCCUCCGGCAAAAAAACAGAAACGCUCUCACGAUGGCGACGAACCUCUGUCACCCGUCUCCUCCCCUCGCUCCAAAACUGGCUCUCCAGUCGUUGAGAUACCGGCGUCCACCACCGUUCAGUCGCGCAGGGGUGCAGCCGAACACACUCCGCCUCCGUCUCCAGGGCUAGACGCACAAGUGCGCAAGGUGGACACCGAGGGAAUCAACGACGAUAUAGUGAUCGCCGUCAUUGAACAGCUGGAAAAGACGGGCAAUCGACCUCACCUCAUCAGAGACCUAGCCACAGUGCUCGCCUCCACAAACCAAAACAUUGCGCAUUCUGCCAACCCUGCUGCGUUGCUCUCUUCUCGUCUGAGUGUAUACCUCAAACGACCCUGGACUGCCCUGUCACCGUGCCCGCUGGCCAAGGAGCUCAUUCCCGUUCACCCAAGAAAGGUGUUCUACUUCUUGACCACGCAGCCACGGUUACCCUUGCCUGAGAGUUCGGACGACAUUCUCCCUCCCCCGCGGAUCACUCACAAAAACCUCACUCCCAGUGUGUCUGACCAGAGCCAGACCGAUGACGAUGUGGAUCUGGAGCAGCGAGAUCGAGCGCGACUCUCUCCCAGUCCGGAAGUGGAACUCUAUUCUCCUGAAUUGGACCAAGAAGACUCCGUAGAGCCUUCGACACCCGGCGAAUAUUUCAGCGCCAGAAGUAGUCUCAAUCCUGAUGGUACACCGGAAGAUCGUCGGCGGCCUAACCGAGCACCCAGCCCUCCACUAGAGGCAGACGAGCGCGGCUUUACCGAGACAGCAACUGCAGUUCGAGCUCGUGGCGUGAGCCUUCAGAAUCGAACCGUGCAGCAGUCGGUUGAAGGGGAUGAGAACGUCCAGGUUGUGGAAGCUUCUGAAGAGACGCCCGAACAGCGGCAGAAGCGUGACCGAGAGCUUGGGAUGGAAUUGUUUGGUCAAACCCAUCCUAGUCUCCAAGUGCCGGAACAGAAACUGUUCUCGAGCAGCCCCUUGAUCCAGGCAAAACAAGAUCCGCCGGCCACAUUGGCCAAGAUGGAUUUGGGAUUGCAAAUGGAGGAUGUGGAGAUGGGGGAAGCUUCUUGGAGCACCAUGAGUCCGGAGCAGAUCGAACUCGAUGAGCUCGACACACUUUUCUCCGAUUUUUGA